ACAAUAUCUUCAGAUGUACAGCAAGCACCUGGCCUAGGCAGUGCUUCUGCCUGCGCCCAGGCGUGGGCGGCACGUCAGUCCGCAUUAAGAUAACAGUCUCCAGUUUGUCUCCAGGACAAAACUGCCACAAGACAAGGUGGUUCAUUAGCCUGCAUCCUCCCUUCCAGAUUGCCCUCGGACGACUCUAGUGUGAUGCCUGCUCCUUUGUUUAAUGAUUCCACAAGCUCUGCAAAAGCCAUUUAGGACCAUUUUGAGAAAAUGUGUGGCUUCUCCUUUUUUGUUGCUGACGCACAUAGGAGACCAAAGUAAUACAUGAUUUAUAGGGUCUAGGGAGCUUAGUGGAUGAUUUAUUUUUUUUUAACAGAAACUUUCAUGAUGGUCCUACAGCAAAACUAGGCUGCUAACAGCUUUAAAAAAAGUGACUCUGGCUUAAGAUAGAUUUGUGCGUUAUAGUUCGUAUAGCAACAUCUAUGGCUGUAGUCUGUGGGUGAACUAUUUGCCUCAAUGCUAGAUAACAAUUUAAAUGGUCGUUUGUAUUUCAGCAACAAACAUGUUGCUGUAGCUGUAUGUGGCAAGAAGUUAAUCUCAAAUCCAUGGUUGCAAUAUCUUUUUUGGGGGAUAGGAUGCCCAAUAGUGCUUUGUUUUGCACAGAUACCUAGACAACAUGAUGGGAGAGGGAAGAGAGGAAAUGAGAAUGACUUCUUAACAACCUGCAUAUGAGUGCCAUACAGCUGUUCCUGAGGUACAUGAGCUGCUACUGCACCAAAGUCCUUAAUCUGAAACGUCCAUACAGUUUAAGCCCCUUGGUAAACUGCUAGUUAAGUUACUCUGUCCCUCUGGAAGUGACCUGUAAAAAGUGCAGUAGUCCUCCUGUCAGUCUUUCUUGCUCCCUGGAUACUGGCUCCUGCAUUCAUGCAGUGACGAGGCUUGAGAAAUCAUGGUUGCAUCAAGUUGGAAUAUUCAUUUGCUGGUACGUGACACUACUCAUGAAGCACAUAAAUGUCAAGCUAUUGUUUAAUAGCUUCAUAGUGAAAACCAACAUACUGUCACUGGAGGAACUUUGUACAGCACCAAGUGCCUGUGCACCUGCAUUUCAUGUUUUGGUGUAGGAUUUGAGUUGUCAGAGUGUUUUCAAGAGGCUAGUGUAUAUGUCUCAUUGCUCUACACUGAGAUCAGCUUUUGGAAUGAGCUCAGGGACUUGACUUCUUAUGCUGACUGGAAAGCUUCAUCCUCUGAGCUGGCCUCCUGCCUCAGAUGGCUAGGGUGAUACCUUUUCAGUGCCUACGUAUAAAUGGUGGGGAAAAUGAUGAUGACUCUGACCAGAACUGGAAACCACCAGAAAAUGACCUGAUCCAGAAGUUAAUAGCACAGAUUGAGUAUUACUUCUCAGAUGAGAACCUUGAGAAAGAUGCCUUCCUUCUAAAGCAUGUGAGAAGAAAUAAGAUGGGCUAUGUCAGUGUUAAACUCCUCACUUCUUUUAAGAAGGUGAAACACCUUACCCGUGACUGGAGGACCACAGCCUAUGCACUGAAGUACUCAGACACUCUUGAGCUCAAUGACGAUAACAGAAAGGUUAGAAGAAAUACUCCAGUUCCAGUGUUUCCGAGUGAAAACCUCCCUACCAGGAUGUUACUGGUGUACGAUAUCCACAUGAUUUCUGAGCUGCAGGCUCUUAACAAACAACAAGAAAAUGGAUGCGUGCAAGAAAGGAUAAUGGAGCAUCUCCUCAAAACCUUUGUAACCUUUGGUGUAAUUUCAUCAGUUCGUAUUCUCAAGCCUGGUAGGGAUCUACCACCUGAUAUCAGGAGGGUCAGCAAUCGGUACACCCAACUGGCAACUCAGGAAUGUGCUAUUAUAGAAUUUGAAGACGUAGAUGCUGCCGUGCGUGCUCAUGACUUCAUGUGUGCUGAAAAGAAGGAGACCAGCAUGAAAGUUGUCCUAAUAGGCAUGAAACCUCCAAAGAAAAAAGUUCCCAAAGACAAGAACCGAGAUGAAGAUACCAGCAAGAGUCUUAAGAAGGCUAGAUCCCUUAAUAAGAGAGUUGAGGAACUUCAAUUUGUUGGUGACGAAUCUUCAGCAAAUAGCUCUUCUGACCCAGAGAGUAAUCCUACAUCACCGUUGUCAGGACGCAAAAGUACUGCAACAAAUACUAAGAGUAAUUUGAGCCCCGUCAUCCACCCAAACAACCAUUUGAGUCCUAAUGUGUCACCCAGAUCAAGUCCUUGGAAUAGUCCAUCUUCACUGAGAAAAGUAACCAAAAAGUCUCCGCUGGCUGAAGAUAGCAAGCUUAACCCAAGCAGUAGCCCUGAAAUUCCACAGAAAUGUACAGAUUAUUCCUCAGAUAGCAGUAUCACUCCUUGUGGCAGCCCCUGGGUACAGAGAAGAAAAUCUCAAACCAUAACACAAGAGAAGAGUCCUGGCAGUAGCCCCAUGUUGGCUCGGAAAAUACAAAAUGCAGAUGGUCUACCUGUAGGGGUGCUGCGGCUGCCUAAAGGUCCUGAUGGCACUAAAGGAUUCCACAAUGGAUGUGAAAGAAGGAAGGCUAUGAAGAAUGAAUCAAUCAUUCUUUAAAAACAAAUCUCGCAAGUCAGUCAACUGCUUUUGCUCAAGCCUGGUGAGAAAUUGUCACUUGAGUGACUGAGUUAAUUCAGUAUUUAAAAGAUUUUUUUAUUCAUAUAGAGACUUUAUCAUUUGUAUAUUUGUAUAUUCACUCCACAAAAUCACAGAACAGUUGAGGUUGGAAGGCAUCUCUGGAGAUUGUCCAGUCCACCUCCUUUGCUUAAGCAGCAUCCACUACAGCAGGUCACGUAGGGUUUUGAAUAUCUGCGAGGACAGAGACUCCCCAACCUGUCUGGGCAACGUGUUCCCACGUUCAGCCAUCCACACAGUAAAAAAGUGUUCCCUUACAUUCAGGUGGAAUUUCCUGUGUUUCAGUUUGCGCCCCUUUUCCUGUGACUGGGUAUCGCGGAGGAGAGCCUAGCUCCACCUUCUUUAUGCCUUCCCAUCAGGUGUUUAAGACCACUGAUGAGAUCCGCCCCCUGAGGUCUCUCUUCUCCGGUCUGAACAGCCCCAGCAAUACAGGCCUCUCACACGAGAGAUGCUCCAGUCUCUUCAUCAUCUUAUGCACUUAUCUAAUGCAAUGCCCUUAUCUGCAUCAUUAUUUUUUUAAUGUAUUAGUUUGAAAUGCCUAAAUAUUGAAACAGGCAUAUAAAUCAUCCAUGUAACUACAUUAUUUGCAAAGCUACGAUCCUGAAGAGCAGUGUGGCAAUACUUACAGUUUAGCGGUUGUAUUAUAAUAAGCUGUGGUAUGUUACCAGCGUAAUCAUAAGGAAUAAAGGUUUUGAAGACUUCCUGUGUUUGUAUCAAAAGGAGCUGAGAAACUUACGCUACAGUGAGCAGUUGCUGUCUGCUUGCAUACAUCUCCAAAGGAAACAUUGUUCAGUAGGACCAAAGUGAGUAUCUUCAUGUGAUGUGAAUAAAGACUCUGAGCAUUGAAGACUGUUCUGUAAGUGUUAUCUUAUAUAAUCAGAUGGAAAUAAAUGACAAUAUUAACUCUG